AUGCGCUUCUUGCGCAAGGAGGUCUUGGAAAAGCGAUCCGACAUCCAUGAGAUCCACAUCUUUGUCACAGAUGUGAAUGAUUUUUAUGGCAGCAACGAGACCUCCAGCGACCCGCAGAUUUUCCUUCACUUCGCGGUUCAAGAUGGGCGUGUCCCGCUGCCAGCUGCAGAUGUGGUGAUGGGGAUGCAUCCUGAUUGCAGUUCCUCAUUUCUCACCAGCUUCUGGGGCUACUACCAGGCGCCGUGGGCUGGUUGCGCUGAUGGCCAGCGGACCGCCACUGACCGGGACCCUCGAAGCGUACUACUACAUGUGGCAAGAGAUCCUACGCACGGCCCUCACGAGUGCGCCUGUGGCGAUUUUUGCCAAUCUGUGGCUGGAAGAGUCCAUCGAGGUGCAAAGUGUGGCACGCCAUCAAGGCAUGGUGGUGUCGCCUGCCCUAAAGAAUCGACCCUACUAUGGUCAAACGGUGACAGCACCGCUGACUUCAAACUGCAGGGACAGGCAGCCUUUUCAUUAUCUCGUCGAGCUCCAAGACGACGCAUCUCCAUGGCUCAUGGCUCCAUCUCCGGUUCCCCUGGGACCCGACAUGACCCGACCCGACGCGGUGCCAAGGUCAUUGCACAGCAAGCUCCGUGGGUGAAGCGCAUUGAGGCCGGAAAAGGGGCCUGGAUGCAGUCAGCAGUAUAG